ACACCAUAGCUCCGUCACGUGACGCAUAGCACCGCGUCCCGGGCGACAUUCGCGUUUCCCCAGCUCUCCAGGUCAAUCAAGGUCGAGCCAUCCUCGUCGCUGAGCUUUCAUCCCCUCCACUAUGGCCUGAAGCUGGCUCUGGCCGAUAACAACAUCGUCGCAACUGAUUCAACGAGCUUUCUUUGACCCAACCAAUCUCCCCGGUCGACGAUCCGCUGUGUGCGUGCGUCUUCGUUCCCUUUGCGGAGUCCGCCACCAUAUUUUUCUGGAGUCGCAUUUUGCCGGUUGUCUCCACCUGAGCUUUUAUGUGGAUCGCGUGCAGAGCAGGCUCUUGAUGAGGUAGUUUUGCUUGGGUGAAAUUAUCAUUGGUAUUCCAUACAUCGAACUACGAAAGAAAAGGGCAAGUCGGGUUAGGUCCGAAAAGUUCAAGAUGCAGUUUACAGAGGAAGAAGCUGCGGAUGUGAAGAAGUGGGUGGUGAAGAGAUUGGAGGAUAUCUCCGAUGCCGAUUCAGAUGUCCUUGCGGACUAUGUCCUCGCCCUGAUCAGAUCCGAUGCGCCGGACGAGGAGAUUAGGAAAGCGUCUGUGGAGAAUUUGGAAGAUUUUCUGAGAGAACAUACGGUGAAAUUCGUGGAUGAGAUUUUUGAGAAGUUUGGUCCGAAGCAGCAGCAAGCUGCACCGGUGACUGCGCCGAAUCAGUUCCCCGUGCAGAGUGUCAGUGUCGCGACCCCAUCAGCGCCUUCUAUCCAGCAGCAGCAGGAUCCGUUUAACGUCCCUCUUGGAGCUCCGAAGGGUCCCUUUGGUGGCCCCAUAGGCAGUGUUCCGACGCAACCUGCUGGAUUCGACGGUGCGAACUAUUCUCGGAAACGGACUUUCAACGAGGGAUUCCAGGCCGAUCAAGGCCCGGGUGAGCAGCAGUUCCAUAGCAGAGUGUACAAGACGCCACGACGAGGGCGCGGUAGAGGUGACCGCAUGGGCGGUCCUGGGAGAGAUGGAAGGCCUGGGGGUCCUCCAGGUUCUCAGUUUCCUACACCAGGUGGAUUUCCAGGUAUGCCUGCGGGCUUCCCUCCGUUCGAUCCGAAUGAUCCUAUGGGUGCCAUGCUAGCGCUGCAAAAUAUGGGAUUCCCGCCAAUGCCUGGAAUGCCGCCUCUUCCUCAGCAGCAAGGCAACUUGGCUGGCAAGAGCACAGAACGUUGUCCGCUGUAUGACACGCAAGGGAUCUGCUACUUGGGCGCAACAUGUCCGUACCAGCAUGGGGACUCUGUCGUGCCGCCUAGAGACGAUGAAUACGACCCUACGAACGCGAAUAUAAUGAUUGAUGUUCAGCGAGAUGGUGAAGGCGCCGGAAGAGGUUUCGAGAGGGGACGUGGCCGAGGUCGUGGUCGAGGGGACAGGGGUGGUUUUGCAGGACGAGGACGCGGCCGUGCUGAGUUCUCCAUGACUGGACCUAACGAGGACAGGUCGGUUACCACAAUUGUUGUGGAGCAGAUUCCAGAGGACAAGUUCAAUGAGGAGUCUAUCCGCGAGUUCUUCUCCCAGUUUGGAAACAUUGUGGAGGUCACAUUGCAGGCCCCUAGACAUCUUGCUCUGGUCAAAUAUGAUACCUAUGAGUCCGCAAAGGCCGCUUGGUCAAGCCCGAAGGUCAUUUUCGACAACCGCUUUGUCAAGGUCUAUUGGUACAAGCCACGUGGGAAGCCAGAUGCCAAUGGUGGCCAGCGACAUACGUCGUCCACUCCGAUGGAUACGGAAGCAGAUGCUACGCCCUUCGACAAAGAGGAGUUUGAGAGACAGCAAUUAGAGGCCCAGAAGGCGCACGAGGAGCGGAUGAAGAAGCUCAAGGAGACUGAAGAGGCUCGACAAGCGCUCGAGAAGCAGCGAGAAGAACUCCUCCGGAAGCAGCAAGAGGAGAAGGCCAGGCUCCUGGAGAGACUCAAAGAGAAGGGCGCUCUUAAUGGUGCAGAAGAAUUGAAUGGUGAUAAGGCUGAGUCCCCUGCCGACGAGAACGUCAGUGAGCAGACGAAGCAAUUACGAGCACAGCUUGCUGCUCUCGAGGCCGAAGCGAAGAGCCUGGGCAUUGAUCCCAAUAAUCCUCAGCCGUCAACUUCUUUCCGUGGGCGCGGAAGAGGAACGCCUUACAGAGGGCGUGGUGGAUUCCCCCCUCGUGGUCGUGGAUAUGACCCGUCGUUCCGGGGAGGCUUUAGAGGCAGAGGCGCCUUCCGUGGCCGUGGGGGUGUUCUUCGACUGGAUAAUCGACCGAAGAGGGUUGCUGUGUCUGGUGUGGAGUUCGAUUCCUCCAAGGACGAAGCUCUUCGACAAUACCUCAUCGGAAUCGGAGAAUAUCAGUCCGUCGACCCCAACCCGGAGCGUUCAGAUUCCCAGAUUAUCACUUUUAAAGACCGCUACGUAGCUGAGAAGCUGAUGUACGGUCCUACGACUAUCCCCGGCGUCGGUAAUGUCGAGUUGUCGUGGGUUGCCAACCCUGCCCCAACGCCCUCCGCCACCGGCGGACCCGGCCCAGACGGCAAGACCCGAGACGAAGACUCCGUCAUGGAAAACACAGGAGAUGCUGCUCCAGAGCCUGACAGCACACGACGAGAUGGCAAUCAUGAAGUCGACUACGACGUGGCCGAAGUGGACGAUACGUGGGGAAUCGAGUAAACCUCGGCUCACAUCUGCAUCAUCUUGUCCCGCCAGAAAAUGGAGGAAAUGGGAGUUCAAAAGGCUUCAUUUCAUGUGGGAACUUUUCAUCUCUGUCAUGUAAUAAUGUAAAUGCAAAGACUAGCUAGCUAGCUAUCUAUUGAGAGGCAAAAGCUAAGCAAUCUCAUCAUGCCAAUACAAUCUUGUACAGUAUAGUACGUUACAGACAGUGGAUUAUCCCUUUCCCUUUCCCAAAAAAGAAAUGUUACCUAAAUUCAGA